CCGCCGUAAGAGUGGAAAGUUUCUGCCUCUGCAAAACUGGGUGAAGCCAGAGAAGGAUCAGCAAUUAGAGGCGGAGGAAAACGUCUGGAGUUAAAGAGGUGUUAGACGUCCAGAUCUCCAGGUUUGGCCUGUAUAAUGUGUAACGUCACACCAAAAGCGGCAAAACUCCUUUCUUAGGGUUUCACCUAUCGGUCGGACUCCUUGGCCCCUCGGUAAAGGGUAAAAUAGCAGAGCGCUUUGCACGGCUCAAGGCACGAAUUCGAGGCGCGCGCAGGGGAGAAUAUAAGCAAUACCUAAAAAUGGUCUUGCAGUCUGUGGCCCUUGACUUCGCCAGAUUUUGGAUUGUGGAUGGAAUUUCAGAAGACGUAUGGAACAGAAACUCUAUAUAAGUCAAUGCAAGAACAGCUGUUCGAACGCAACUCGGUCUAGUAUUCCAUGUAGUCAAAGAAUUUCGUUGGAGUUCCUUGUUUGCAGAUUAGGGGUCGAUAAAGAAGCUCAAGUUCGCAUCAUUCGACGUGGGCUGGUGAGAGAACGUGAAAGAAAUGGCAUCAUCACAGAAGGCUUUUAUCGAAACUAUUCGAAAAGAGAAAUUCAGCAUCGGAGCAGACAGACCGAACCCCUUGGCAGAGAGUCUGCACCAGGCAAUAAAAUGUCUAUCUGCCGAGCUCUACCAGAAAGAUAUACACUUUAUAUCUGAACUAAUCCAGAAUGCCGAGGAUAAUAGUUACGCAGCUGGAGUGGAGCCCCAGCUGGAUAUGCUUCUGACUGCGGACGACAUAACUGGAGUCGGAGCUCCGGCAACGCUCAUUCUCUGCAACAACGAGCGCGGGUUUGAGGAGCGCCAUAUUGCGGCUCUGUGCAGCAUUGGGCAGUCCACGAAGAAAGGACAGCGGAACGAAGGAUACAUAGGAGAGAAAGGAAUCGGGUUCAAGAGCGUGUUCUUGGUGACGAGCACGCCUUAUAUAAUCAGUAACGGGUUCAGAAUAAGGUUCAGCGACUCCGGAGUCGAGAGCAAUGGCUCCAUGGCCGAAAUCGGCUACAUUGUUCCAGAAUGGGUCGAAAGACCGACCGACGAGACUCUCAGACCGUACUCGCAUCAAUUUGGCUGCCGUCCGAGCACGGUCAUCGUCCUACCCCUGAAGCCCGACAAGAUAUCUUCCGUGAAAGCGGAACUGAAGAGCUUUUCCGCUGAGACGAUUUUGUUUCUACGACGCAUAACCUGCAUACGAAUCCGCCACAUGGACGGGGAACUUGUGACCAUGAGACGAUCAGAUUCGUCGCGGAAGAAGGUCGAGAAGCCCGCUGCCGACAUGUUCUGGACGCAGUUGUCGCUGGUCAGGUCGCCAGGGAACACGAAGGAGUCGUGCGACUACUUUGUAUGGGAGCAGAGAUUUCCCGUGACGUCUAGCGUGGAUCAGAGACUAGAGGUUACCUCGUGGGCCCUCACUCUGGCCUUCCCCGCGCAACAACGCAUCGCGUGCAGCUCUCACGGUGACAUUUUCGCAUUCCUGCCGUCGCAGGUACGAUCGGGGCUCCCGUUUGUCAUCAACGCCGAUUUUCUGCUGGUGAGCUCCAGGGAAACGCUCCGCUACGACAGUCCUUGGAACAAGGGCAUUCUGGGCUGCGUGGCCACGGCGUUUUGCGCCGCAAUGGAAUGUCUCCUGCGCGAGUCCGCCAGCGCCAGUGGGACGGGCAAUUCCAGGACCAUCGCAGUUCAUCAAGUCUACAAGUUCGUCCCCGUGGAUAAGUGCCCGAUUCCCCAGCUGGAGGAAGUGCGUUCCAGCAUUGUGAGCCGCUUGCAGCGCAUGGAGAUCGUGCUGGCUGCUGCUAAUGUAGGCUCCAACUUCGUGAAAGGAUCGUUUUUUCAUCCUUCCAAGUGCCGACAGAUUUCUUCAACCUUGAGGGAGAUUCUAGUGAAGGCUAGCCUUGACGAAACGAUCUCAAAAUGCGUGAGCCGUUCGUCUUGGGUGGCCGUGGAUGCCCUUGUCCAAAGUAAUCAUAAAGAACAGCUACGUCAGCUGCAGGUGCCGCAACUGAGCGACCAGGAACUCCUCGAGAUACUGGAUGACUCAAAUUGGCUCCUCCGUAUUAGCGAGCAGUUGUAUCUGGAAGUUCUGGAUAUCGUCUCCUCCUUGACUGACAGAGUCGGCCUCGAUCGAACCAGAUACUUGACUAUAGUGAAGUACGAGGGAGAGAGAGGAGCGGUGGGACUCUUCUCCCUGAGGCAAAUAACGGAAGAGAACAUAAUCAUGUACAUGUCACCCCCGGACUGUGGAGAUUACCUGAGCCCGUGGAUGCUGAAAUUUAAUCCGUAUAUCAAGUAUCGAUUCAUGCCUCAACAACUCGUCAAGGCCAUGAAGGAGGCCAGAAACAAGGCAGGAGUAGCAUGGUUGAAGGAUGUCGCGAAGGUCCAGGAAAUAGACGUGAAGGCGUUUGCGAAGGGAUUGGUGGAUAGAAGCAACUCCACUCCUCCGAUGCCACACGAGAAGGAGUACAUCCUUCUCGUGUGGGAGUUCAUUUACUCUUCGAUUCAGGCAGGAGUCUUGAAUAAAGCAAGUGUGCCUCCGCCGUCUGGCUCGAGAGGCUUCGCCAUCGUUGACGAGAGCGGGCUCGUGAAACGGAACUAUACUCGAGAGGACUAUAACUAUGACUUAAGGAAGUCAAUGGUGCUGCUCCCCGCUAGCUGCAGCGAGUGGCCACUGCUACUGAGCGACAGGGCGUGGCCCAGUGAUCCGAGGAGCAGGAUCAGAAUGUCUGAAGAGUAUAUCAAUGUCUGCCUGGCAUACUCAGAGAAUCGGAGCCGCGAUCUGGUUGUCCUGAAAACAUUUUUCAGUGACACCUUCGGAGCGCGUGAUCUGCCCUAUCUCCCUCUCGUCGAUGAGCCAUUUCCAGGGCUGGAGGAUCUCAGCUCCGCUCAGAGUCUACUUUUGUUUCGAUGGCUGGAAAACCACCUCGGGUCCUUCGACUCGUGCAACAAAUUCUGGUCGAGCUUCAUGACGACGGCAUGGGUGCACACGGACGAACACGGCCUCCAGCUUCCGAAAAACUGCCUCAUGCCCCACGUAGAUCUGCUGAGGUUACUCGAUCGAUCUGAAGUCCCCUACGUAAGUGUAUCGUUCUACGGAGACGUCAAUCCUUUUUCGAGAGUUCUUUGUAAGCUGGGAGUUCUUAAGGAGCCCGAGUCGGCGUGUACAGCCGUAUUCAAACAGAUCAGACGCCUGAUCAAAGAAUGUAGUGCCGGUCUCAGGUCUGUCGACAGGUCUCUAGUAGAAAAAUAUUACCAUAUUCUGAACGGUUUUUGCUGGAAACCGACAACAUCUCAAUUCCGGAAAAUGAAGAUAUACAUCCCAGCCGGAGGUGUUGCGAGCGACGGCCCAGCUUCAUGGCGGAGUCCUGAGGACUGCAUUCUCGUUGAUAAAAAUCAACUCUUCAAAGGUGUGCUCCCCUCUCUGGGUGAAAUCUACAGCUCAAAGCUGCUGUUAUUCUUUGAGAAGACGCUCGGUGUCCCGAGAAACGUACACUUCUCCCGGUAUUACGAUCUUUGGAUCCGAUGGUACGAGGAUGGGAUGCACUACUCCGUCGGAAAUUGCGCCAAGCUGUGGGAGAAGAUUGCAACCUGCUGGAAGAUGUGCGACGCGACCGUCAAAGAAAAGUUUAAGGUCAAGGCUAUGAUACUAACGGCGACUGGUAAAGAGCUGCAGUAUACGACUCCCGCUGCUGCAUUCAUCCCCGAUGAUUUAACUCGGAGGAAAUUAUUCAUGGUUCACACUAAUACUCCUGCUUUCGUGUGGUAUCCUGCGGGCUCUUCAGCCUACGAAGCGGAGCUGAACGACGUGUACACAUUCCUCGGAGUGAGAAGAUUAUCGGAAUGUAUAAAGACCGACGUUGAAAUGGAUCCUGGUAAGCUUUGCAUCUGUAAGUUGACGAAAGAUCCGAUGUUCGUAACCAGCGGGCUGCUUGUUGCCAUUCUGGGAUUCAUAUCAAGAACAAAAUAUGGCUUGUCCUCUAGAGGGAGGCAGGCUGUCCUGCAACCGCUACUCGAGACAGUGGAGAAGGAAAUUUUUUAUACAUUUCCCAUCUCCUACACUAUAAGGUCGGACGUGUCAUCAGCCACGACCACAGUGGAGCAGCAGCUGCUGGGAUUCUGGGACCAAAGCGUGCUGUACAGGGUCCAAGACAGAGAGCUGCUUGCCGACGCUACGGUUCGGCGCGAGAUGCAGACGCAGGUGUUGGAGACCAUGUGCUCGAAGAUUUUACCCGACUCCCCAUCCAUAGCCUGCAGCCUCGUCAACUUCCUCAAGACGCUCGUCGAAUGUAGAUUUGACGAAGCAGCUGUCGAGCAUGAGCUUCAACGCAAGAAUCUCAAGCUCUACAAUGAAGACUUCGAGUUCUUGCGCGAUGGUCCAAAUGCUUCCUUACGCCCGCAAUCGGAAGGCUUCCGGUCCUUAAUUCUGAUGUGAGCCCGAGCCGUCGUAGGCCGACGUGGUUCCAGAGCAGGAGAAAUUGUCGACACGUUUCGCAGUGGAUCAGAGCCAGCCCAGAAGCUCUUACCUCUGGAGUCCCAGCGGAUUCUUUUUAUAAAGGUUGUCUUCCAGGUCCAUUCUUUCAGUCAACGAACGAUGGCAAGGGUAUAGAAAUAUUUGUUUCAGGAAGUAGAAAAUAUUAUGGUUUGUAUUUUAUGGGGGUUGAAUUUGGUUGCUUGAUAUAGUUCGGUAAUUUUCGAUUCUCCACAAACAUAGAAAACAUCAUGCAGUUUGAACAAGAUGGAACGUAGGGCAUUAGAUAUAUCGUAGCGUUGAUACUAUUUUGAUUCC